GUACAUUUUACCACUCCUUCGGUAGGUGCCGAGGCGUUCCUAAUGACAUGACAAAAUAAAAGUUAAGAAAAGAAAAGACAAGCAGAAGACGACUCAGAUUCUUUGUCUUUGGAUCACCUCAACUAUGAUGGCAAAGCCAGCAUAAAUAUCGGGGCUUCGGAGCCGAGUAGCCCUGAGCUCGACCGGUCGGAAGAUUUUCAACAUUUGAGCGACGGAGAACCAUGGUUGAGUGGCGGUCUAUUCCGGAAAACGUCAGCUGGACCACGGAUCUAGAGCCAUCGAUGAUCCCCUUAUCUUGGGUGGCACUUCUUCAACCGCAGGCAGGGCCGAUGGGGCUCUUUUCCCAGUCACCAACAGCCUAGACCAAUCUCAGGGCAACCAGCACCUAGGAAUCUCAGAAAGUUUCCAGGUCGAGUAUCACUGGCCGGCCCAUGUCUCUUAAGAUUUUUUUUGUUCAGCCCGACUUGGAUAAAACCACGAUUACCACCAACUAUAUAACGAUCCUCUCGGAGCUCUAGGCCGCGCGAAAAGCUCCCCACCCUUGGACCAUUCUCAAUGCUUGCUGGAUACUGGCUGCACGUUAACCCGUCUGAUGGCAUUGCUGGGCUCAUCAACGCCCCAUCACCCUCUCCCGUCACCAGCCGGGCAGUAAAUGGUCUCAGAUCCGUCAAGGUAGGAUUUGCUGCCGUCGGACCCCUUUCUAGGAUUGUCCGCUCGUCUCGUCCUCCAGUCUCACUCACGGAAUGCAUUCAACACUGAGUAGACUUUAUCGCCCUGAACUACCGAAUGCUGCAGAAAGCGCAAGAGAUCAAUCGACGCCUUCACCUCUCGAUUUCCGGAACCCCUUCUCGACGAAGGAUAUUGCGGUGGACACAACCCUAGUUGGCCUUGCGCAGCUGGGUGCUUAUCGACUAGGCUGCCAUCAGGCCUUCGUUGCGUUGAUUGAAAAUGAUGAGACAUGUGUGAUCGCGGAGGCUACAAUUCCUGGCACGGGGGAUGAGCAUCGAAUGAAAAGCUGCUCUUCGCUUGGUCUGAAGACAUUAGGUUUCCACGGGGACGGAAGCCACCUCAUUGACGGCUUCCGUGAAUCAUUGGAUGAUACAUGUCGGAUUGUACUUGAUAUCUGCUCAGAUGGCACUCUCAGUAGCCAUCCAUUUGUGAUUCGGUUUCCUCACACACGCUUCUAUGCGGAGGCUCCUCUACGCAGCUCCUCAGGAAGUUUAAUUGGGACAUACUGUGUUACUGGCACUGUCCCUCGCUCAUUGUUUACUAAGAGUGAUGCAGCUAUUUUGAAGGAAGUGGCGGGCUGUGUCGCGAAUCAUCUUGAGAAUGUUUGGACUAUACACAACUCCCGAAAAUCUGGGCGCCUUCUUGAUGCGCUCAUGUCAAUUGCCAAGGGCCAGCCCGGAUUGGAGAGUGAGCAAGUCACCCGCAGCAGCAAGGGUGUUUCGGACAUCAUCUCUCCUCGUUCAUCCGAUCUCCCAGAUAUCGAUAGCAUUUCGUUAUCAACAGAGACUAUGUGCGAUGGUUUUCCAUUGUCAGCAACGCCGAAACCUCGAGAUAGAGCCCACUUACCCUCGUUCUUCAAGCCCAGUGACGUUCCGAUAAUGGCGCCUCCGUCCCCGGAGCAACAUCAGCAACAUGUCAGGAGAUACUCAGACGAGUCCAGUAACCUAGUCACAGUAUCGGAGAGCGCUGUUAGCCCCUCCGGUACUUCCUCACUCUUCUCCCAAGCUAGUGACUUGCUCCAGGAAUGUAUGGAGCUAGAGGGUGUUUUAUUCUUGGAUGCGUCACGCAGCAACUCUCGAAGCUUCUCUACAGAUAGUGCUGGCGACUGGGACGAACCUAACAAAGAUACCGAAACCUCUGCACCUCCUCCGUCUCCUGGAUUGUCAUCGCAGGGUUUGUGGUCUGAGAAACGAUGUGACAUUUUGGGUCAUGCGUUGUCAAAAGAAUCGUUGGAAAACGAUAACCGCCCCAUCCAACUUUCCUUGACAGAGGGCUUAUUGCAUGAUAUGUUUGCGGCCUUUCCCCAUGGCGAAGUAUUCUAUCCUCAAGAUGCAACAAGAUCGCACUCCAUGCAAUCAACCAGCACCCGAGGGCAUAGUCGACAAGGUAGUGACAGCGGUCGUUCGGCUCGCCAUGCUAUAACGGUCCGUCUUGGACAUGACUUCCCCCAAAGCAAGUCGCUCAUAUUCCUUCCGUUAUGGAACUGGGACAAGUCUCGAUGGCUCGCUGCUACCAUAGCCUGGACGAGCGAAAAGCAGCACUCAUUAGGGCUGGAUGACCUAUGCUAUCUCAGAGCCUUUGGUGACUGUAUUGUUGCGAAGUUCUCCGAGAUUGGCUGGUGUGCCACAGAGAAAUCGAAGUCAGACCUACUUUCGUCCGUCAGUCAUGAACUCCGUUCACCGUUGCAUGGGAUGCUUGCUAGCGCUGAACUGCUACAAACUACACACCUCGAGCCCACCCAGCGUGACAUGCUCACAAUGAUCGAAACAUGUGGUCUAACAUUAUUGGAUACGAUGAACUACCUGCUGGACUUUACGAAAAUAAACAACCUAACAGUCGUACAUAAGGAGGAGGGCAUUGAGGGGCCCGAAUUUGAUAACCUUGUCACAGAUUUUGAUCUGGGCCGUCUGAUAGAAGACGUCUCUGAAACCUUGUAUACUGGCCAUCGAUCUCUCAUUAACGCUUCGAAAAUAGCUGGUCGGUAUCUUCCAAUUGGUGCUGGCGUUGGUGGUAGAUCCGUCGGCACUGAUGUCCAACAAUCGGACAAUCCGGACGACUUGUCUGUCGUUAUUCGUAUUGAAGAACAAAAGUCGUGGUCGAUUCACUCUGCCUCAGGCGGAUGGCGAAGAAUCGUUAUGAACCUGCUCGGCAACUCGUUCAAGUUCACUCGUUCAGGCCUUAUCGAGAUUUCCCUAACCAAAGAAGUGGAGGGUGCUGGUGACCAGAAGACAGUUUCAGCCCAUCUGUCGAUCAAAGAUACAGGAUGUGGGAUAUCACCCGAAUUCCUAAAGCACAAGCUUUACAAGCCAUUUUCGCAGGAAAAUGUGUUAACGGAAGGAGUCGGAUUGGGUCUGAGUAUUGUGCAACAACUGGUAACCAGCCUAGGCGGCUAUAUCGAGGUGCAAAGCCAGGUCGGUGUAGGGACAGAGGUGGAUGUGCAUAUCCCUAUUAAUUUGGCCCCGCACGCCCUGCCACUAUCAAUCCAGCUCCCUAGACGAGAAGAUGCUCCGGGAUCACGGAUUAUGACUCGUGUCUGUCUGGUAGGCCUGAACCCAUUUGUUGACCUCAAGGCAGCAUCGAGAGGAGUAAUCACAACUGAAGCGAAGCGUAAGAUGUCAAUUCGCGGAGCACUCAGCAAUGUACUUCUCGGGCAACCAGGAUGGACGGUGUGUUUCGCGGACACGCUUGACAAGGGAUCUGGCGACAUUGGAGUCGUUGAGGAGUCUAGCUUGAAGAAGAUCGCUAGUGUUGGCCCAGUUGAUACUCCUUUCAGCACACUUAUUGUGCUUGGUGAACACGGGAUAUCUCUUCCAGGCAACUUUGCUAUUAAGAAUGCCGACAUUAUCUAUUUGUCCCAGCCAAUUGGUCCACGGAAACUUACCGAUGCCUUGCAACGGUAUAUAGACUCCCAUCGCGAAGACAGCCCCUCUUCGGAAAGCCCGGUAUCCGGCCCUUUCUCCGGAUUCCCAGGUCGCGGGCGCUCUUUGUCCGAGGCAUUUGCCGCCGCCAAGGGCUCAGAAUCCCCUCCCAUGGUUAGAGAUAGCGUGACAGAGCUUUCGCCGUUUCCUACGCCGCAGGCCUUGAACCAGAAAAAUAUACAUGUUUUGAUUGUGGAUGACAACGACGUGAACCUUAAGAUUUUGGCAACCUUUAUGCGGAAGAUAGGUUGCAGUUACGAGACGGCGAGCAAUGGACUCGCGGCACUAGAAAAGUACAAAGCCUGUGGAGGAAGAUUCGACUAUGUGCUGAUGGAUAUUUCUAUGCCCAUCAUGGAUGGAAUUGUGUCCUCAAGUAAGAUCCGUGAACAUGAAGAACAAAAUUCAUUACCUCGAAGCGCUAUUAUGGCGGUUACUGGAGUAGCAUCGAGCUCAAUGCAGCAACAGGCUUUUGCGGCUGGGAUUGAUGAUUACUUGGUUAAACCGCUUUCUCUUCACGACCUUAAACGAAUUAUGAACAUUACAUGAAUUCUGAUCUUUCUUUUGGCUAGAGGAUGUCGGAUGCUAGGAGUUUCGUGGAAGAGCGCAUACUGAAC